AUCUGUUUGAUAGAGAAGUUUAUUUGGAUACCACAGACUAAAGCCAAGAAGGCAUUACAGUUUGAGUUAGUGAAAUUAAUAUCAAAACACUGCAGAAAGCUGUUAGAUUUCAAUGUAAAAACCAUAAAAUAAUCUGACAUUCAUGUCUAAGUGCUUUAGUACGGAAUUAAAUGUAGCAUCGUUGUUACUGUGAUCUCGUAAUCAUACUCAGAAGUAUAACUGUGCUGGGUUCAGCAGCUGUGAGUGUGUUAGUAAUUUUAACAGCAUGUUCAUACAACUGUGUAAUGUCAUAAAAAUAACAAAUAUAUAGUGUACAUGUCUACAUUUAAGCUUCAUUCUAAAUGUGCUAACAGUUAAAAUAUAAGUGUAAAUACAAAAGUAAACAUACAAUUAAAAAUAAAACUUCAUUUGUAGAUCAUUGUACAGCAACAUUCCAGGAAUGAUGAACCGAGAUAUUAGUUGCCUCUGGCUUACAUUCAGCAGGAGUGUUUGUUCUUCUUUCUCGGAAUAAAACUUGAAAUGUUAGUUUCAGACAUACACAGGAAACUCACAAGGAGGACCAUCUCCACAGGUUAAAGGUGACUGGACUAGCCUGUCCUUACCAAAAAAUAACAUUUAAAAAGUACGGCACAAAUGUCAAAAUUGUAUUUAUCUGCUGAUGUCAUGGUAAAGUCUUUGUUUAGCUUUGAACAAAAACCUACUUCGACUGUAGUGCAAUAAUGGAAAAUGGAAAAGGCAUAUAGUAUCUAUGCUUCCAAUGUAUUUUUGUUUGCAUUACCCUGUGACACAUUUCCUUAACAGUCAUAUGAGCAGGUGUAAUGCAUUACUGGCAGCAGCUCCCCCCCAUAGCCUGAUGUAUAGUUUUCAACAUUUGUAGAAAACGUCUCCUUACCUGAACAUGGAAUAUUCACAUUAUCUAACCAUAAAAUACAAAUAUAUCACCUACAGGACUACAUAACAAAUGGCUAUGCUUUAAGAGCUUAAAAAGGUAAAAAGCUUUUUUUCUAACAUCAGUAAGGCCUCAUUUUCUUUCUUCAUAACUCUGUUUUCCUUCAGCUUUUGUCAGCUUCACUUCGCUGCAGUUUUAUUUUUGGCUUCUUGCCAAUAUGACACAGUUGAACAAGGAAAUAAUAAACAUGAAGUCACUGUGGCUCCGUGUCAGGGCUCAGGCAGAUCUCUCUGGCCCCACCAGCAACACUUUUCCUCUUCCCCCAGUGCAGAUGUCUGUAGAUGGAGUCAAAAACCGACACGGUGUAGCGGGCAAACAGGCUGGUCCACUUCACUGCGUCCACCAUCCACUGAACCGAGCGCCCCACAAAGGCCACGAACACUGUGGUGUAAUGGGCCAGCAGCAGCAGACUCCUCCCCAGCUGCCUGCCGUGGUUGAUGAUCAGGUUGACUCUUUGGUCUUUUCCUGCCAUCAUUAUACUGUAUUGUGUACGUUUCCAGAAGUAAAAAAAUGUCAAACUGUGUGUAUUUUUGGCUCAAAGGCUCAUUUUUCGUUUUUUUUCUUUUAAAGACGUAGGUAUUUAUGCAGAUACUCCCUGGAGAAGGAGUAGACGGCUGUGAACUUGCAGACGGUCCCUUAGAGAUCCCGACUGUCCAAUCAGAGCAGAGGAAGCUCUGUUUCCGGGAAUGUUUGGUGAUGUGGCUCUGCUCUGAAAUCCAUCCGAGGAAAUAUAUCAAAUAAAAUCCAGACACAUUCACCUGGGGAACACUCGCACAGUGCCAUCUUUAUGUUCAGCCGUCUGGCCACAGUCCUCCAGGAGCUUUCUGGAGAGGAGGGUGCAGAUGGAGACCCACAGGGCAUGCUGGUGCCUCAGCUCCCUGCCGGUGAGGGCCAGGCCCCAGCGGAGUCUGAGGCACCUGAGGAGGCCAUGGAGAGGCUGGCCCACCUGGAACAGCUGGUGGUCCAGCUGAAGGAGCUCAUUCGUGACAAAGACACUCUGCUCAUCCAAAAGGACACUGAGCUGACCAACAAGGAUGCACAGCUCAAGAAUGAGAAAGACGAAGCUGAGGCCCGUUUCACCAAACUCAAACUGCAGGCCAAAGCCAAGAUGGCAUCACUCAACAAACAGAUAACUGAUUUGAAAGGACAAGGAGGAGCAACGCAGAGUCCAGACAGCUCUUUCACAGGAGCUGCAGUUGAAGAGGAGCUCCAAGAAGUGAAGACCAAGCUGAGCGAGGAGGAAGCCACCAGCAGGGAGCUGAAAGAGCGACUUGAGGCCACCGAACAGCUCCUUCAAGAGAAGGAGUCUGUACAUGCUGAGCAGCUGUUGAAGCUGCAGGCUGUGGUCUGUGAGAAGGAUGUACGUUUCCAGGAACAGAUUCAGAAACAUGAAGAGGAGCUGCUGAGAGUCACAACGAAGUCUCAGGAUGACAGUGAGCUUCAGCAGGCCCUGCAUGCUGCUCAGCGACGCUGUGAAGAGCUUGAAGAGGCCUUAAGCUCUCGCUCCCAAGUGCUGGAAAUGCUGCAGCAGGAAGUGAGCAGUGCUGAUCAGCAGAAGCAGAUCUUGACUGCUCAGUUCCGGCAGAUGGAGCAGGAGCUGGCCGAGGCUGUGAAGCUGAGGGAGGAGGACAGGCAGCAGUGGGCCGAACAGGCCGGCCGGGCCGAUGCAGAACUCACAACCCUCAGAGCCAGCCUGGAGGCCUUGGAAAGCGAAAGAAUGGAGGUGGCAAGGCAAGAAAGCGAACUGGCCUCCCUCAGAGAGGCAGAGCGUGUUAGUCAGGAGGCUCUGGAGAAGGAGAAGAUGGACGUCGCCAGAUUGGAGACACAACUGACUCUGAUGAAAGAGGCUGAGCUUGCAGCCCUUCAAGCAAGCAAUGAGGCCUCGGAGAGAGACAGGGCGGAAAUCGCUCGACUUGAAAGUGAGCUUGCAUCAAUGAGGGAGGCAGAGUCUGCAGCUGUCCACGCCGGGCAGGAUGCCUCAGAGAGCGAGAAGUCAGAUAAACUGGAGAAAGAGCUGGAAACCCUGAGGGCAGAGCAGGAAGAUGCACAGAAGAAGGGCGAGAUUUUGGCUGAGCUCUGGAAACAUCUACGUUUUCUGGCUGUGGAAAAUGUGCCUGAGGAAAUCCCUGUCCCUGCUGACCUGUCACUGCUGCUGGACGCUGUACAGUCUGCUGAGACACAACUGACAAGGCUGAAAGACGAAUGCAGAGAAAGUGAGGAACGCUGUGCCCAACUCACCCACACCAUGGAAACCCUUCAGGAACAACUAGACAGAAAAACUACAGAAGAGGAGGAAGCCACUGCAAAAAUACAGCAGCUGGAGCAGCAAAUUGUUACGAUGUCAGACACAAAUGAUGUGACUCAACCAGUACAGGAUUUAUUGGAAGCUGACAAAGCACACAUUCUGGCACUGGAGCAGCAGCUGUUAGAAAAAGACAAUGAGCUGGCUGCCAUGCAAGAAUCCCUCGUUUUGGCUACGAAGCACAGCUCCAGUGAGGCUGCAUCGUGUGAAAACUAUGAUCAGAGCCCAGAUCAGGAUGCCAGCAUGGCUCCGCUUGAUAGCUCUGCAACCCUCCCUGACUUCAUGGAGGAUACACGAGAAGAAGAGACCACCUUAGUUGCUGAAGACACCUCCAUGCUCUCCAUUUCUGCUGGUAAUGAAAGUAGCCCAGAGCUAAUUGGACACCAGUCUGAGUCCCCAGAAGAAUCUAAAGGCACCUCCUCAGAUGAGAUGGUCGCCAGUAGUGAUUCAGAGGUGGCCCACAGCAGCUGGACCCUCCUGGAAGCUGUGAAUCAAGACGGAGGUCAAGAGUGGCCCUCCAUCCCGCAGGACUUUAAUCAGUCAUGGGUGGCGACGAGCAUGGAGCAGGAGACCUCCACAGUUCAAGUUGAGUCUUCGUCAGUCAUCAUCAGAGAAACAGUUGAAGUUCAUCUAAGUCAGCAGAGUUCUUCCUCGACAGAUGCUAACAUGCUCUCAGGCCAGAUCUUCGCUCAGGCUUUAGCUGAAGAGCUCCAGAAGAGGUACAGCGAACUGUUGGCUGAGCUGCAGAGGCUCAAAGAUGCAGCUGUAGAGUCACAGGACAAAAUUAAGAAUCUGGAAGAGGAAACACAAUCUCUCACUGCUGCCAAAGAAGAGGCUGAGUCCAAAGCCACUAAUUUUUCAGAGGAGCUCAAGUCAGCCAGAGAGGAGAUGGAUAACCGCUCCCAGCAAAGCAGCUCUGCGGUGGAGAAGCACAGUGUUGAAAUGCAGCUUCUAGAAGAACAGGUAGACAUUUUAAACACUGAAAAUAGUGCCAAGGAGCAGAGAAUCCAGGCUUUGCUGACAGAUCUGGAAAUGUCUCAUCAAGCUCUCUCCGAGCAGGAGGGUCAGGCCAGGAUGCUGAGCGCUCAGCUGGAAGACAGAGAACUCCUCUCGUCUGAGCUCGAAAGGAGGCUUCAAGAUAUGGAGAACAGCAUAGUGGAAUACUCCCAGACAUCUGAUCUCAAUAAUGAGUCUUUGUCAAGGAAAGACUCAGAGAUCAGUGAGCUACACCUUCGCCUCAGCCAGAAAGAGCAAGAGAUGAUGGAGCUCAAUGACAGUAUGUCUGCUAAACUUCUUCAGGCAGAAGAAGAGAAGUUCCAGAUAGACGGUGAAGUCAGUAAACUGAAGGAGCAGAUAGUGGAACUUGAGAAAGUCAAAGACGAGAAACAAGACGCGACUGGUGAAGGCUCAGCUGCUCAUGUAGAUGAUGAACUUGCUAGUUUACGAAAGGAGAAAGGAGUGCUGGAAACCCAGCUGACAAACGCAAAGAAAAAGUUGCAGGUGGCACUUGUGCAGCGUAAAGAGCUCAUGAAGAAGGUCAGUGACUUUGAGUUAGAAGCUAAGAAAUGGAAAGAGAAAGAUGAAACAGCAACGGGAGGAAUUUCUGAAAACAUCCCAGAGGCAGAAAAACCUAAAGGGGAUGAGGUUCAAGAGAUGGAGGCUAAACUCAUGGAGCUCAAGCAAGCUUUGAAAUCCAAAGAAGAGGCAGUUGAGACUCUUGAGCAGAAAAUUAGCCAACAGGAUCAAGUUCUUGCUGAGACGCUGUCUCUGAAUAGGAAGUUAAGUGAAGAAGCUGAAAACUCUCAGCAGACCGACGUUUCUUCUGAGACAACUGCAUUACAAUCGCAAGUGGCCUCUCUUGAAGCAGAGUGUGAAACGCUUCAGAAGAAGGUUCAUGAGGCCCAAGAAUCUCGUAAAGAAACCAUCCGCAAAGCAAAAGAAAAAGAUAGACACCACCGUGAACAACUGAAGCAGCAGAAAGAAGAAUACAGCGAGCUGAUGGAACGUUUUGAGGCGCAGAGCGGUGAGCGAGAAGUUCUUCUUACUAAACUAAGAGAACUGGAGGAAAAAGGGAUCAAUGAAAAAGAAGCUCUGCCUCAUCAAGAGCCCAAGCACGUGGGUGAAAAUGUGGAAAAGCCUGCUACAAAUGAUUGGGUCCAGGAGGACUGGGUGGAUUUUGCUACAACAGAGACCGAUUCAUCACAACCACAAUCCAGCGAUGUGACUCAGCCUCCUGCAGAGUCUUCUGAGGUCGUCUCUGCACAAAUGGAGGAAUCUCUGAAAGCUCUCAGAGAGGAGAUCCACGCUGUGCGGGAGGCAAACACAGAGCUGGAGAACAAGCUGCAGGAAACGCAGGACAGUCUGUCACUGAAGGAGGCUGAAUUAGUGGAACUGGGCAAAGACCUGCAAGCACUGAGAGAAAAAGAAAAGCAAAUUGAUGGACUCUCUAAAGAAAUUAACGAUCUCAGAGAAAAGUAUCACCAAGCUGAGUCUUACGCUGAAAACCUGAAGGCAGAGAUGGAAGCUGCAGCCAGUGUUGCGUCUGCAAAUGCUACAUCUUCAGUUACAACUCUUCAGGCUGAAGUGGAAGACUUCAAGCAAUUUCUUGAUAAUAAGAACCAUGAGAUAAUGGAGCUCAGUCAGCAGCUUAGCGAACAGAGCUCACUUAUACACUCAAUGCAGGACACAGUGUCUCAGAAGGAUCAACUCAUCACUUCUUUGCAGGAAGAACUGAAGGCCGAACAAGAAAAGACACAGAGGUUAGAGGCUGAUGUUCCACAAAAGCAAGAGGAAGACAGUGAGGCAAAGAUCCAGCAGCUUCAGCGAAAGCUUCAGGCUGCCCUGAUCUCUCGCAAAGAGGCCCUCAAAGAAAACAAAACCCAGAAAGAGCAGCUGGCGUCAACUGAAAAGGUCAUAGCUGAGCUGCAGCAGAAAAUGAGCUCAGCAGACGAUGAGCUGGAGAAGCUGAGAGCAGAGAGAGAUAGGCUGAUUGUUGAAGUUGACCGAACAUUACUGGAGAAUCAAAGUCUAGGAUCCUCGUGUGAGAGCCUCAAGCUGGCAAUGGAAGGCAUACUCAAUGAGAAAGAUGCCUGUAAGAGAGAAGUGGAGUUGGCAAAAGAAGAGGCGACCAGAACAUGCAGAGAAUGGGAGGAAAAGGUUCAAGGCAUGAAAGAUGAGUACGAGACUUUGCUCAAGUCUUAUGAAAAUGUGAGUGACGAGGCAGAGCGAGUGAGACGAGUGCUGGAAGCUGCCAGACAGGAGAGACAGGAGCUGGCAGCCAAGGUGAGAGGUCAUGAGGCUGCCAGGCAGGAAGCUGAAAGGCAAGCAGAGGAAGCACAGAAAGAGGUGGAUUCAGUGAAAGACAAAAUGAGAAAAUUUGCCAAAACAAAGCAGCAAAAAAUAUUAGAGUUAGAGGAGGAGAACGAGAGACUCAGAGAGAUGCAGGAAAAGCCUGUAACAAAACGAGGAGACAAGGCCCUCAGAGCUGAAGUUGAACAGCUUCAGGAAGAGCUGGGAGACUUAAAGGCUGAGCUGGAGGCUACAGUGUCAGAAAGAGACUCUUUAGGGCAGCAGAUUGAAGAGUUGAGACAGCAAGUUGCCCAAAUGGGAGAAAAAGACAUUUCGGUUAUUCCAUUUAGCUCUGCAGCUGUUGUAGAAGAGGUUGUGACGGCCCAGCAGUCAGACACAAUCAUGACUACAACAGAGCCUGUUGAAAGUCAGCAUGAAGACAGUGAAACACGCGUAACCCCAGAGGAGACUCAGGAUGAACAAAUAGUUGCAGAGUCUGUGACAAAAACUCAUUUGGAGCCCACUGAAGAAAAAGAAAAAGCAGAUGUGACUGAAAGUGCUCAAACAUUAUUAGAAAAUAAAAUGAAGGAGAUUGAGGCAACUGUAAACACCGAGAGGGAACUGUGGCAGGAACAGGAGGCUGAACUCAAAACUAAACUGGCCUCUCUUGAACGAGAUCUUCAGGAGAGUAAAGAGAAGGAAAGCCUUACAGCCUCUUUUGAGAAGUGCCUUCAAGAGAGCAAAGAGAGAGAAAAGAGCCUAAUUGAAGAGGCUUCAAAGAGGGAAACCCAGUUCAAAGAACUCCUCAGAAGCCUUGAAACUGAAAAAGACAACCUGGAGGAACGUCUGAUGAACCAAUUAGCUCAGCUCAACGGAAGCAUCGCUGGCUACCAGCAAGAGGCAGCAGACAACCGGGAGCACCUCACUGAACUACAGCGGGAGGUGGAAAGGUUAGAGAGGGAGCGCGCAGAGCUCGAAGCCGAGGCUCAGAGCGAGAAGGACCGAGCUGCCAGACUGGAAGAAGACAUGAGACAAGCCCAGCGAGAAAGAGCUGAGGCUGAAGCAGAGUCUGGAAAGCAGAGGGAGCUGGAGCAACAGCUGAGGACUGCUCAGAGGGUCAAAGAAGGCAGCCAGACCAGAGCGCGUCAGCUGGAAGAGCUGCUAAGGGAGAAGCAGCUGGAAGUCCGUCAGCUGCAGAGGGACUGCAUCCAGUACCAGGAGAGGAUCAGUGAGCUGGGUAGAGAAGCUAAGGCACUACAGCUAGGGCACGAUGAGCUCGGCAGGAAACUAGAACAAUCUCAGCUGGAGACGUCCAAAACUCUAGAGGACCUGAAAAAGACUGAAGCACAGUUAGAUGGUUGUAAAUCCCAACUAGAUGAGUCUCAGAAACAGGCAAGUGACGCCUUGGCAGCAAAAUCGACUAUCGAACAGAGCAUCCAGCAGAAAGAAGCCAUGAUGAAAGCUGAGGCAGAGCAAACCCUGGACUCUGUGAGAUUCAGGCUGGGAGCUGAACUAAAGGAGAUGGAGCUGAGACUAGAGGACGCAUACAGAGAAAGGGAGAAGGAGGAGGAUGCUACUCUAGAGGCCAGAGAGAUGGCAGAACGAGCUGAGAGACGAGCCCAAGAGCUGCAGGCCCGUCAGGAUGAGUCUAUAGCCAGGUUAACUGCCUUCUCCCUCAGCAUGUCCUCCCUGCAAGAUGACCGGGACAGAGUUUUGGAUGAGGCCCGGCAGUGGGAGACUCGCUUUCAUGGUGCUCUGCAGGGUAAAGAGGCUGAAGUACGUGAGGCUGAAACACGGGCCAAGGACCUUGCAAAACAGCUUCAGAAAGAAACUGCACUGAAAGAGGAACUUAAACUUUCGGUUGAUAGAUUAGAGAAAGCAGACAAAGAAUGGCAGCUGAGGUUAGAAGAAGAAGAAAAGAAAGUCUUAGAGAGCCAAGCUGCCCUCGAGGAGGAGAGAGGGAAGCUUCAGCAAACUACAGCUGAGUUGCAGGCUGCACAAAAUGAAGCCCAGGCCCUGAAAAAUGAGGUGGAGAGUCUCUAUCAGAGAACUCGGGCGCUGGAGGAGGCUGUAGGAAGACUGCAGGGUGAAGUCGACCAGGCGAGGACUGAGCUGAGGGAAAGAGAAGCAGAGGAGAGACGACUCUGUCUGAAUGUGGAGCAGCUGGAGACAGACCUGCGAUCCUCCAAGGCAUUGACAGAGAGCUUGCAGACUGAGUUACAUGAGAAGGAAAGGAGGGAGGUGGAGAUUCUAGGGGAGAAGGAGCAAGCUGUGGCUCAGGCUGCUGAGGAGGCCAGAAAGGAGGCUGACAGCAGGGCACAAGAAGCUGAGGAGGAGCUGGAGCAGAGAAGAGGGGAAGUUCGGGAUCUGGAAGAAAAACUGCGAAAGGCGGAGGAAGAGAGCAACAACAGAAAAACCCGGCUGGACUCUUUUAUGAAGGCUAUGGGCUCCUUGCAGGACGACAGAGACAGAGUCCUCAACAUGUACAAGCAGCUGGAGGAGAAACACUUGCAGGUAAUGAUGGAGAAGGAUGGUUUGAUCCAAGAGGCAGCGGGGGAGAAUAACAGCCUGAAGGAAGAGCUGCGCUCUCUGCUGGUCCAGAGAGACGACCUGUACGCUGAAAAGGCCAAGCUGUCUGCUCAGCUUCAUGGCUAUCGUGAUGAACUUAACCAAGUCCUAAGCAUGAAGGACUCUCAACACAAACAGCUUCUGGCAGCCCAAAGAGGGCGUAUUGCAGCUUUAGAAAGGGAGCGUGAGGAGCUGGAAAAUCAGUUAAAGAGCCUCAGCAUAGCCAGAGAAACAGAAGUAGAAGCAGCGGUACACAGAGUGGAGAGUGAGACUCUUAGUCAGGCUGUUGACAGCAGACCAGCAUCGCAGGUGAUUGAUGCUCCUGGUGCAGAAGUCGAGAAGCUGAGGGAGCAGCUGCAGGCAUCAAGAAAAGAAGUGGAGGCUUUGGAGGAGACUCUACUCAGGGAGAGGCAGGAGCAGGACAGCAAGAGCAAAGAACUAGCUGAGCUUCGAUGGGAAGGAGGCGUGAUGCGGACAGAGUCGGAGAGCGCUCAGGAGAGGGUGGCGGAGCUGGCCAGAGACCUGCUGGCUGUAGAGCAGAAGCUGCUGGAAGAGAAAGAGGCAACAAACCAGCUGAGAACAGAGAAUCAGUCAUUUGCUAAAGCCAUGGCCUCCCUCCAGGACAGCAGGGACCAGGCAGUAAACAAGGCCCAGGAAAUGAGCCUGAGACUGGAGGAGAUGAGCAAAGCAGGAGGCCCCACAGCACACAGCAGCCCUGGAGGCUCCACCGGAGAAGUGUGGGGGCUGAAGAACGCACUACAAGCCCUGCAGAAUGACAGGGAGAGGCUGCUGGAGCAACUUAAAACACAGACGUCUGAGCUGGAGAAGCAGAAGUCAGAGCUGGCUCGGCUGGGAGCUGGAGAGUUGAUUAAAGUCAGUCAGGAGCUGUUUGAAGAGAAGAAGAAGAGCGACGACAUGCUGGGUGUCAUAACACAGCUAGAGAACGUGGUGGAAAUGGGCAAGCACGAAAUUGAGACUCUCAGGCUGGAACGAAUUGACUGGAUGGCUCAAGCAGAGCAGCUGAAGCAGCAGACUCUCACCACACUCUCAGAGAGGGACCAACAACUGCGACAGCUCACCGCCAUGCUGGAGGAGGCCCGCGCUCAUAAGCCCAAACUGCAGCAGGAGCACUAUCAGAGAGAGGGCACAGAGGAGGUGGACAGCGCUCCUGGAGCCCCACAGGAGCGAAGCAGCCUGCUGGACAGCCACGCCUACAUCGCUGAGGUCAAAGAGCUACAGCGGAGACUAGAUGAAGAGACACAGCAGAGGCUGGCUGUUGAGGAGCAGCUGAUGACCACACAGGAUCGACUCACACGUCACAGCCAGCCAACAUGGCACUCGGCGCAAGACGGUGAUCACUCAGAGACUGCUGUUUUUAUCGAGCCGCCGGAAGGAGCUGUCACUCGAACUCGGAGAGGUGGUCCGGGUUUGAUGCGGAUGCUCCGAGUGGCCUUCUGCUCCCGCCAGCGCACCCCUCUGCUGCUGAGCCUCUAUCUGCUCACUGUGCACGUCCUGCUGCUGCUGUGUUUGGGUGGAUACCUCUGAAACCAGCUCCCUAUGACACACCCGACAGAUUAGAGCGCGAUGGAGAGAGAGGAGGGCAAAGAAAAUGGAAAUGUGGCACAGACCUAACCCAAGCCAUCAACAUCAUUUAUAAUGUUACAUUAAAGAAGGGUAGGAGGGAUGCUCUACAUGCAGACGUUGCACUUUACAAGACUUAAUCUUUUAGCCAAAGUAUAUAGAUUUAUAUUGGGAGCUGUUGACUUUGAUUUUAACCAUUUGCCCUUGGAUCACUUGUGUGUGAUGUUCCUUUCGAAACCUUCCUAACUGUAAACGUUUUACGGGAAAAUGUAGAUUAAUAAUCACGUGUUGUGGCAGAUGGUGUUUUUCAUGUGCCUUUAGUUUUAGAUAUCACCUAAAGGGAUCGCUAAGUGAAAGCUAAUGUUCUACAUUUUGGGAAACAUGCUUGUAAGUGUUCUGACAGAGAUUAUAUGUGCACUCUUUUAAAAAUUCACUUUUUUUUUUGUUAGAAGCUUGGAAGAUUUUGUUUAAUUAUUAAUCAAAUUUAUUGCCCUGGUUCGAAGAUGAGUUUGCUGACACUCAAAUCUGUCCGUUGUCUGGAAAGCCAACUGACUUAGUUUAGGUUUACUACAAAGUCAGGCUAAGGAGUGUGUCCAAUCCAACACUCACCUUUAAAUCCCACUAAUGAACAUCUAAUUAGUUUAGAAUACAAAGUGUAAAAUGAAAAUUAGCUGUGUUUCAUAUUCAGUGACCAAACUAUUUAUCUCUGUGCUUUUGCCAGGCAACCAGGGAAGUUACUGGUACCGGCUAACACAUUAACAACGCUGGAACAAAAUGGCAAAAUUUCACCUGAACACAGCAGGUUUUGUAGAUUAGCUGAUGUAAUUUGUGAGUAUGUCAGCCUUUAAGGGGACUGUGGGCUGUUUCAGUUACACAGACCUACAGUAGCUGUGUCCUUUGUUUAGGCUAACUGGCAGCUAGCUGCAACGUUAACGAACAUUUAGAUUUUUUUGUUGCCAACUCUCCGCCAAACAGCUGGUGAGACUGUUUCUUCACAACAUUUCUUUGUAAAGAUGGCUUGAGGUUUAGGGAGCGCUCUUAUCGUCCUGUCUCUUCCUCAACUGCUCAUUUCAUGCACAAAAACGGAGCACAGUGCAAUUUCUGUUUGUCCACAUUCCUAUAUUGUGUUUUCCUUCACUUUCCUCUAAUAUAAAUCACUUUCUUUAAACAAGGACCCUUAUAUUGAUAUUUGUACAUAUGUACAUGUACUACGUAUGUCAGCUGGAUGUGAGUUUUCCUCUUAUAGCUCCAGAUCCCCUGUCUGUGCUUCCACGGCACACAUUUAGAUAUCACAGGUUUGCUCUGUAGUUUUUAUGGCAGAUGAAGUUGCCUUUAGGUGCAAUGUUACUACAGUGUGGAUUCAUUCCAGAGGAGGAGGACUGCUGUGUUUUCUAACGUUAUCCGUCCCAUUACAGACUACUGCGAUGUAGCAUAAUUUAUUGUUCAUAAGAAACUGUUGAACUGUCCACCACCUACAUGUGUAUCCACAUCAUCCUCUGUUUAAUCGCUGUGUUGUGUAGUCAUCUUCUCUCUUAAUUCACAUUCUUCACAUCGUACACCCACUCACGCUGUAAAUAACUGUUUAAAGGGCUGUAUAGAAUAAUAAAAUGUAAUUAAAGCCUUGGCGGUUUAGGUGAGGGACCAGUCUUGUCAAGCAUUAAUUAUUUCCUCGUUAGGGUAUCUGUAGGGGAAAAAACAGGCAUUGGGAUGUUUUUGUUUACACUUUACUCGGCUCAGUUAGUUUUAAUUCAGAAAAUUACCCACACUAUCUUCUCCGUUGUCUUUGUGAAAUAAUUAAGAAUAAUUGGCUUAUUAUUUUUGGAAAGCCUGUCGACCUGACCACUGUCGUGCUUGUAAUGCUGAGAGUUCUUCUUCUGAAAGUACAAAUGAAGCUCAGGUUCAAACCAACUGAGAGAUGAUGAGUUACUGUAAUACUUUUAAAUGCACACAUUUAAACGCUGGUCUGACCUGAUUUUGUUUUUUUCUUUUUGUGGGAGAAGGAAUUACACAGACACACUUACUGCUGACACAAGUCACUACAUAUUCAAAGCCUUUAAUAAACGAUAUUUUCAAGUGUAACUGAAGUCUGAGUGGAAGCUGUUUGCUUUGGGACUGAAGUCUUGUGGGUUAUACAAGAAAGGAUGACGGUUCACAGAAUAAAGACUUAAUCUGUUA